AUGUUCGACGAGGCCGAGCCGGCCCCGGCACCGCAGCCGUCCUGGUGGCAGCGCCUACUGCGCCGCAAGCCCGCGCCCACCGGGCUGGACCUGCCACGCCCCGGCAUCAGACCCAGGCGGGCUCACGACAUGCUGCGCCAGGCCCUCGACACGGCAGUGCGCGACGGCGCCGCGCAACUGCAGGGGCGCCCCGUGGCACACAUCCACAUCAGCAGCCGCCUGCCCGAGAUCGACGUGACGCUGCGCGACAUGAUGCCGCCGCGCGUCUCAGACGCCGCGCAGUCCGUGGCCGACAUGCUGCGCCCCCUGGGCGUGGCCUGCCGGCCCGGCGUGCAACUGGACUACUGCUUCGAGCCUCAUCCCGACCCCGACGCCACGCGAACAGUGCUGGAUGCCGACGUUCGUGUGCGCCUGAGUGCCCAUCCCGGCUCCGAGCAUGCUGAACCCGCGCCAGGCGGCGCCACGGCCAUGCCCUUUUUCCCGCAGCAGGGCACCGCCAUGCCGGACCUGGCCCAGCGGUGCGCUCGGCGCGACCACCUUCGUCGCCGCGCUCGAUGCACGCCGCCAGGCCGCGGACGCCGCCGCCUGCACGCCGUGGAAGCUGGUGCGCGACUUCACCGGCCAGGACCACCUCGCCGCGCCGGUCGGCGCCCUGCUCUAUGCCGACCUGGCCCAGCGGCUGCUGCCCGUGGCCUUCGCCGGCGCGGACCGCUCGCUGGCGCUCGAGAACGUCUGGACACGCGACUGGCCGCGCAGCCUGGCCCGCCAGUGCGCGCCGAAAGACGCCGCCCGCCCCAACCCCUGGGGCGAGCCCAUGACGGCACUGCACAACCGCGCCACCGAGGCCGAAUGGCUGCCGCUGCUGGCGCUGAACACGACCGCCCUGGCGCGCGGCCAGCGCGUCUACCAGAGCGACUUCGUGCUGCCCGGCGGCGACGGGCUGGACCUGCUCGACCCCUCCCUCGGCCUGGACGUCGAUCGCCUCACGCUGGCGCAGGCCGUGCACAACAGCGCGCGCUUCCCCUACAUCAGCCCGGCCGCGGCCGUCGUCUUCAAGGAGGCACACCGGGACGAGGACGCGGGCGACGUCGGCCGUGUGUGGGACCGCCUGGGCGACGGCGGCUACGUGGAAGCCAGCGGGACGCUGACGCUGACCGACCUGCUGCGCGACCUGGAGGCCAGCGGCCGGCUGCGUGA